AAUUGCAAAUCUGCUCUUGGGCCCUUCUCCUUCCUACCCCUCCCCCUUAAUUCCGGCCCGUCGUGACAAGGCUGCCACUAUUGGCUGAAGUUCCCCAGCGAUUUGCAUGAACGGAGAGGGAGUGUCUUGGGCCGCCCUCCCUUCAAGAGCGCGCUGACUGCGGCCACCCUGGGAAUGCGCAGCCGAGGGAAUGCGCGCAGCUCGCGGGCUCUGGCAGUGAGCUGGCGCCCGGAGACCUGGCACCCGCGCCUGGAUAUGGGGCGUCUACCUCGUCCCAGGAGCAGCACCAGCCACAGGAACCUGCCGCAUGUGUUUCUGUUUGUCCUCUUCGUGGGACCCUUCCACUGCCUCGCGAGCUACAGCCGGGCCACGGAGCUUUUGUACAGCCUGAACGAGGGACUGCCCGCGGGGGUGCUGAUCGGCAGCCUGGCCGAGGACCUGAGGCUGGUGCCGCGAGCCUCCGGCAGACAGAACCAGCAGGUGCAAUCCCCAGAGCACGCUGGUACGGAGUGGGACCCGCCUCUGUCUUUCAGCCUGGCUUCUGGGAGACUGAGUGGCCAGUACGUGACCCUAGACAACCGUUCUGGGGAACUGCACACUUCUGCACGGGAGAUAGACAGAGAAGCCCUGUGUCUUGAAGGGGGUGGAGGAGCUGCCUGGGGCAGCAGCGUUUCUAUUUCCUCCUCUCCUUCCUCUGACUCUUGCCUUUUGCUUCUGGAUGUGCUGGUACUGCCUCAGGAAUAUUUUAGGUUUGUGAAGGUGAAGAUUGCCAUCAGGGACAUCAAUGACAAUGCUCCACAGUUCCCUGUUUCCCAGAUCUCAGUCUGGGUCCCAGAAAAUGCACCUGUGAACACCAGGAUGGCCAUAGAGCAUCCUGCUGUGGACCCGGAUGUAGGCACUAAUGGAGUGCAGACCUAUCGCCUACUGGACUACCAGGGCAUGUUCACCUUGGACGUGGAGGAGAACGAGAAUGGAGAGCGCACUCCCUACCUAAUUGUCAUGGGUGCUCUGGAUAGGGAAACUCAAGACCAGUAUGUCAGCAUCAUCAUAGCGGAGGAUGGUGGGUCUCCACCGCUGCUGGGCAGUGCCACCCUCACCAUUGGCAUAAGUGACAUUAAUGACAACUGUCCUCUUUUCACAGACUCACAAAUCAACGUGACUGUAUAUGGGAACGCUACAGUGGGCACUCCAGUUGCAGCUGUCCGAGCUGUAGAUAGAGACUUGGGAAGCAAUGCUCUAAUCACCUACACGUACAGCCAGAAAGUUCCACAAGCAUCCAAGGAUUUAUUCCACCUGGAUGAAACUACUGGAGUCAUUAAGCUCUUCAAUAUAAUUGGGGGAAAUGUCCUACAAACACACAAGCUCACCAUCCUUGCUAAUGGACCAGGCUGCAUCCCUGCGGUGAUCACUGCUCUGGUGUCCAUUAUCAAAGUCAUUUUCAGGCCCCCUGAAAUUGUCCCACGUUAUAUAGCAAAUGAGAUAGAUGGUGUUGUUUAUUUGAAAGAACUGGAACCUGUUAACACUCCAAUUGCGUUCUUUACCAUAAGAGAUCCAGAAGGCAAAUACAAGGUUAACUGCUACCUGGAUGGUGAAGGGCCAUUUAGGUUAUCACCCUACAAACCAUACAGUAAUGAAUAUCUGCUGGAGACCACAAAACCUAUGGACUAUGAGCUACAGCAGUUCUAUGAAGUAGCUGUGGUAGCCUGGAACUCCGAGGGAUUUCAUGUCAAAAGAAUCAUUAAAGUGCAGCUUCUAGAUGACAAUGAUAAUGCUCCUGUUUUCCUUCAGCCCUUGAUAGAGCUAAGUAUUGAAGAAAACAAUGCACCCAAUGCCUUCUUGACUAAGCUAUAUGCUACAGAUGCUGACAGUGGAGAGAGAGGCCAAGUUUCAUAUUUUCUGGGACCAGAUGCUCCAUCGUAUUUUUCCUUAGACAGUGUCACCGGAAUUCUGACAGUCUCUACUCAGCUGGAUCGAGAGGAAAAAGAAAAGUACAGGUACACAGUGAGAGCUGUUGACUGUGGAAAGCCGCCCAGAGAAUCAGUAGCCACUGUGGCUCUUACCGUGUUGGAUAAAAAUGACAACAGUCCUAGAUUUAUCAACAAGGACUUCAGCUUUUUUGUGCCAGAAAACUUCCCAGGAUACGGGGAAAUUGGUGUAAUUAGUGUGACAGAUGCUGACGCUGGACGCAAUGGAUGGGUUGCCCUCUCAGUGGUGAACCAGAGUGACAUUUUUGUCAUAGAUACAGGAAAGGGCAUGUUGAGAGCUAAAGUCUCCUUAGACAGGGAGCAGCAAAGCUCCUACACUUUGUGGGUUGAAGCAGUUGAUGGGGGAGAGCCUCCUCUCUCCUCUUCCACAAAAAUCACAAUUCUUCUUCUUGAUAUCAAUGACAACCCUCCUCUUGUUUUAUUUCCUCAGUCUAAUAUGUCUUAUCUUUUGGUACUGCCGUCUACUCUCCCUGGCUCCCCAGUCACAGAGGUUUAUGCUGUUGAUAAAGACACAGGAAUGAAUGCUGUUAUAGCUUAUAGCAUUAUAGGAAGAAGAGGUCCCAGGCCUGAGUCCUUUAGGAUUGACCCUAAAACUGGUAACAUCACUUUGGAAGAGGCAUUGCUGCAGACAGAUUAUGGACUGCAUCGAUUGCUGGUGAAAGUGAGUGACCAUGGUUACCCUGAGCCCCUCCAUUCUACGGUCAUGGUCAACCUGUUUGUCAAUGACACAGUUAGUAAUGAGAGCUAUAUUGAAAGUCUUCUAAGAAAAGAACCAGAAAUUAAUAUAGAGGAGAAAGAACCACAAAUCUCCAUACAACCAACUCACAGGAAAGUAGAAUCUGUGUCCUGUAUGCCUACAUUAGUAGCUCUGUCCAUAAUAAGCUUGGGUUCCAUCACUCUAGUAACAGGGAUGGGCAUAUACAUCUGCUUAAGAAAAGGGAAAAAACAUCACAGGGAAGAUGAAAAUUUGGAAGUGCAAAUUCCACUAAAAGGAAAAAUUGACUUGCAUAUGAGAGAGAGGAAACCAAUGGAUAUUUCUAAUAUUUGAUAUAUUAAUGUGGAUUAACACACAGAGAUAUUUCAGGUGACUUUGGAUACUUUUCAUCACAAACAAGAGUGUGCAGAUCCAAUGAAGGACAACUAAUUUAUAACUUGUACUAUAUUGUAAAUAGCUGUUUAUGAGUUUUUAAAUUUAAAUACAGAGGUUAUAAAAUGUGUACAGCAUUUUUAAAUGAAAAUUAAUACUAACAGAUAUAGAAUUGUUAUUUAUAAAAAAAAAAAAAAAAGAGCUUGGACAUGAUGUACAGCUUUCAUACACCAAGCAGAUGAUUGACAAAACCUGACUAAGGUAAGAAAAUGGUACUUUUUUUUUCGGUCUAAAAGUUGUUUCCCCACAAGAGGGCAUCAGCUGCUCCUUUGCAGGGAAAUGUUUGAAGUAUUGUACAUGAUAGUUGUACAUGAAAUUAAUGAGAGUAUAUUUUAAAUAUAUUGUUUUUAGCAUUAAGAAAACAUGAAAUUAAAUUGAAUUUUGCCCUACUUCAAUAUAUGAUAAAACGCACUUGUCAACAGAAUGUUUAUUACCUCAAAGGUACAUUAUGUAUAGUUUCAAAGAGAAGGCAUUAAAAAGAAGUGCAAUUCCUUUUUAGCAAGGAUUAAAACAUUGCCGUGUGUUACUAAUUUAACCUGCUGAAGAGUAUUUUAUUUUCUGUGUACUCAAAUUGCUUUCUGUUUACUUUACCAUUGCACUUAUUAUGAUUACAGGGGGAAAUAUAUUAUUCUUCCUUAAAGAAAAUGUAACUAGAAAUUGUGCCCAAGAAAAACAGCCAGAAGCAAAUAAAUGUUUCAAUUUUUAGUUGCUUCAUAGGUGUUCAUGACAUUUUAGUACUUUCACAAUAUGUCAGUACUAUUUCGUGCUUGGGUUGAAUAUUAGAUUUCUCUAUUCUUAAACUCAUCCAUCAUAUAAGAAAAAUUUAAAAAUCACAUUACAGUUGAAUUAUUCUAGAAGCUAGUGUAUACUACUGGUUGUUUUAGUUGGACAUUUUAUAUGAAAGUUAUACUUCCUUUUUGUCAUUGUUUAGGUUUCCUGGCUACCAUUUUUGGAUUCCUUUCUUUGGCUAUGGCUUAAGUCCAAGAGUUUAUUUGUAAGCCCAGCAGCAGAUUCCUUUGAUAAUUUAGCUUUUAUUGAAUCUUUUGCAACAAAGAAAGCUGGCUCAUCAGUGAUUAUCAUUUUACUUUGUGUGAAAUGGAAACUUUAUUUUACAUGAGAAGUAUAGUAAAAUUAUCUGUAUAAACAAGGAAUGUAGUAGUUGAAACUGAAUCAUUUUACUUUUUGGCAUCAUGUGUCUGUACUGUACCAAAAGUGUUUGUAUGUCUGCAAAUUAAAUGUAUAUAUUUUCAUAAUUUUUUUCUUAUUUUUACCAUUUUAUAUUUGAACAUGGGCUUAUUCUUUCACUGAAGUGCCUAUUAUUGGCAUCUGUUUGUUUUUAGGGUUAAAUGUGGGCAAAACAUAGCAUUCUUAAAUGCUGAAGUUUAUAUUAAACUAAUUUAUUACUCAACUAAAAAGUGGGUAAAUUAUGUAUAUAGGUAGUUAUAAACAUAUUGGUAGAAAUACUGAAUGCCUAUAUCUUCAAUAUAAACUCAUAUGAAAAUUUGCACUUAUGCAUGUGCAUAUAAAUGUAUAUUAAUUUAUUAUAGAUUUAAUAUUGAUUAUAAACUUUCCUUUUACCACAUAUAACAAAUUCCUUGCUGUGUUUUAAUAGAUGGAAAACAUUUUUAAAGUAAAAAUGCACUGCAAAAAAGAAUUGAAUGGAAAUGUCCAAGAUCACUUAAUUCAUUUUUCUUGUUUACUUCAGUAUAAGAAUUCAAAUAUAAUAAUACACAUAUGAGACAACACAAUCUGUUACAAAAAUAAACAUUUUUAUUGUAAAUUCCUUUUAUUAAAGAAGCACUUGAACUAAGAGACUAAGAUAAUUUAACCCCAAAAACUUUUUAUUCGUAAUUGAUGUAAGCAUUGAAGAAAACCAUUCUUUUCCGCUCGUAUUAUAGUUCUAUUUUUUUAAAGGAAGAAACAGCAUAAGACACAAAUAACACCAUUUUUAAAAACCCUAAAUACUCCAUGUAAUGACUUUUAGCUUCACUAUAAAUUUAAAGAAAAAAGUAUUCUGUUCAUUUCUAAAUAUGAAGAAAGUUCAUGUAUUUUGGGAUUGGACUUCAUCUCCAGCAUGAGAAAUAUCUGUAACCUUAAUAAAAAGUUGUAUUUCUGAAUAA